AUGACGUGCGUCGCAGUGACCUUUGACGCCGUGGGCCAGAGCGCAGCCUGGGAAGCCUUCAACGACGACCACAGCAAGCGGUCGUGGAACGUGCACAUCGGCAACUGGUUCGCCGAGCACGCAGUCUGUCCCGUCGACAGGAUCGCCUACUUCCGCGAGACGGACGACGGUGCGCACAUCGGCCAUUUCACACAGUUAAUAUGGGCCGACACGCAGUUCGUCGGCUGCGGCUACUCGUACUACACGCUGGACGGCGUCGAAGGUGGCAAGAAGUACCAAGGCUUUUAUGUGUGCAACUACGCCCCAACAGGAAACGUAUUCUCCCUGCCCGUCUACCAAGCAGGACCAACGUGCAUGGCGUGCCCCGACGGACUUGUGUGCGAACGUUUCAGCGGCCUUUGCGCGGUACGUUUCGGUCGUUGA